CUUCCAGUGAUAUUUCUUUCAGUCAGUUUUGAUUACUCUUAUGUGAAGUUGGCGAGCAAUCUCAAUCCAAUUCAAGGGAGACUCGAACAACUAGAGGUGGGAAAAGGCCUUGAAUGGGGGCUCUCUAUGGAAUCGGCAAAAUUAGCAAAUCUUACGUCAACCAGUGAGAUCUCUGCUUCUAAGGCCACCAGAAAUGAGUCGUUGCCCGUCAAGAAGCUACUCUAUUUCAACCACUUUUUCGAACAAUGGGAUUGGAAGUUUGGUCAAGGCGGACCAGAAUUAUUUCAACAGCAGGGUUGCAGGGUGACCAAUUGUUACAUUACCAGCAACAAGACCAAGUUUGGGACCAUUGCCGAGUUCGAUGCCGUUCUUUUUUAUAAGCGAUUAUACAACUUCAGUGAUCCCAACAUCAUUCCGGAUCAAAAGCAACGGAAAUCCAGUCAACGUUAUGUCAUGAUGAUGCAGGAGAGCCCAAUGCACGAUUACGCUAAUUAUCACAAAUUACAAGACUUUUUCAAUUGGACCAUGACUUAUCGCAUGGAUAGUGACAUCCCCAUUCCGUAUGGCUUGUUUGUCCCCAAAGGCGAUGUUCAGGAAUCCAUCCAAAAUGAGAAAACAUGGAGGGCUUUCAAUUAUGCCGAAUUCCAAGCUACUCUCGCCAAACGACCUACUGAGUUUUUACAGAUGGCUAAGAGGCCCAACCAAGUGCUUUGGUAUGUAUCCCAUUGCAAUGCUGCUUCCGAACGAGAUAAAUAUGCCGCCGAACUGUCCAAGUACAUCAAUGUAUCCAUUUAUGGAAAGUGUACGAUGGUGCGACCUCGCAUUGACCAAGUUCUCUCUCAAUUCAAGUUCUACUUAUCCUUUGAGAACAGCUUCUGCACUGAUUACAUCACCGAAAAGUUCUUCAAACGAAUCAGUCAAGGGAUCUUGCCAAUCGUUUUGGGGGGGGGUAACUACACCCGAGUGGCUCCUCCUCAUUCCUUCAUCAACGUACUAGAUUUCCCCUCUCCUCGAGAAUUGGCCAAAUAUCUCAUGUACUUGGAUGAAAAUCGAGAACAGUAUUUGUCUUACUUUUGGUGGAUGGAUUAUUAUUCGGUAGUCCAUAAACUUCAAUUGUCUGAAGGCAUUUGUCAGUUGUGUCAAAUGCUGAACGCGGAUUUGCCCGUCAAAACGUAUCACAGUAUGUCGGAUUGGUGGCGGGGACCCAGAGGAACCAGGUCGAAUUCCACAUGUCGAGCCAGGUACUCUUUUCCAUGGUCAAAAUACAACUCUAGGAGAAAAACCUUAAACCAAUGACAAUUCGAUAAACCAAAGCUCUCAUUCAUAGACCAUACCAACUAAAUCAGAGAAACAUACUGGGCAAACACCUGAAUAACGUGACAGUGUGCCUGACAAUUACUAAACCUAUUUGCUUUCUUUCGUUUAACAUGACU